GUAUAUGACCUGUGUUUGUUGACAAACGUAAUGGCGACAUCAAAAUCUUCUUCUGUAUCUGGUCGACCUCUUGGAGAGCAGGCAAGAGAAAUUGUGUAUAAAGUUGCAGAACACUUGAAAGGAAUGAAGAAAGAACAUGAUUUGACAUUUAAUUUGGCCGAGGAAACAUCAACAGCUACAGGUAUUGGGCAAACCCUCGUAAAACAAAUUAUUCGUGAGGGAAAAAGAGCGAUUGAAAUCCGAGGACAGUUGACCUUUUCUACACCUACAGGCAAAAAGACUGAAAGAAAAAAAAGAAUUGAAGUUGAUGAUUUUACUAAAGCCGCUAUUAGAAGGAAAAUACAGGAAAUGUACAUCUUAAAAAAAGAAUUGCCUACUGUGAAGACACUCAUUUCAGCUCUUGAGGAAGCAGACAUUUUAACAUGUGGAAGGACGUACUUAAUAUCUGUGUUAAAACAAUUGGGCUUUAAAUGGGUUAGAUGCCAGUCUAGAAGAAAACUAUUGGUAGAAAUCCCUUCAACCGUUGAUUGGCGAAUUCGAUAUUUGAAAAAAAUUAAGAAAUGUAGAUCAGAAGGCUUUCCAAUUGUUUACAUCGACGAGACUUACGUUAAUGCGAACCAUACAGUAAGUAAAUGUUGGCAAAGUCCUGAGGAACCCGGCGUAACCAAGGCUGUUGGGAAAGGCGAACGGCUGAUAAUUGCACACGGUGGCGGUGAAAAUGGAUUUGUAAGGGACAGUUUGGCAAUUUUCAAAGCACAUCAAAAAACAGGCGAUUAUCAUGAGUCCAUGAACUAUGAAAAUUUCAAUAAAUGGCUUGAAAAACAACUGUUGCCGAAUCUUGAAGAACCAAGCGUUAUAGUGAUGGACAAUGCAAAAUACCAUUGCGUAGAGGAAGACAAAAAACCAACAAGUGGUUCUUUGAAGAAGAACAUUCAAGACUGGCUUCAUAAACACAACAUUGACUAUGACGAAAAUUUUACCAAAGUAGAACUUUUGAUGUUGGUGCAAAACGUCCAGAGGGAGCCGGUGUACAAAAUAGACCAGCUUAUUAACAAUUUUGGACAUCAAGUGCUGCGACUGCCACCAUAUCACCCCGACCUCAACCCCAUUGAGUUGGUAUGGGGAGCUAUAAAAGGACAGGUAGGCUUAAUUUAUGUUUUAUUAUUGUCAUAUAUUUUAUAAGUGUAUUAAAAUUGUUUUCAUAACUCCAAUCCGGUUGUCGAGGAAGAGGCAAUAUGAAAAUAGGUGGAGUGCGUUUAAUAUAUUUUUUUUAAAGUACUUUUUAACACAACAGUAUUAAGCCAACUACACAUAACCUUUUACGGGAAUUCCUAUAUUAAUAUAGCAUUAUAACACAUAAUUGGUUUGAAUUAUAAUAACAAGUUAUAGUAUUUAGUAUAAUUAAUAAUUAUAGUACGUGUAGGCUUAA